AUGGCCACCUCAGCCGCCGCCACCACAAUCUCCACCACCACCGCCGCCCACCACCACUCCCCCCACCUUAUCCCCAAACCCUUCCUCACAAAGCCCUUCCCUCCGUCCCCCCGUCCACUCACCAAGCUCCACGUCUCGUCUUUCUCCAAUCCCGCAACCGCCGCCUCUGCCGAGCCCGCCGACGCCGCCUCCUCCUCCCGGAAGAAUAACAAAGAAACGAUCUUUUUCGACGGCGGGGCCCACUACGGGGACCUCCUGGCGAACCUCCUCCUGGGCUUCACCCUCCUCUGGCUGCCGCUGACUCUCGCCGCCGUUUUCAGGGCGUUUUAUCUGAGGUACAGAUUCACGAACCUUAGGGUUACGGUUAUAUCCGGGCUGACGGGCCAGGACAGGAGCGACUUCUCGUACGACGUGGUUAAGGAUGUCCAGGUUGUGCCCAGGUUUAUCGGGGAGUGGGGCGACGUCAUCAUCACCCUCAAGGAUGGGACUAAGGUGGAUCUGAGGAGUGUGCCCAAGUUCAGGGAGAUUGCAAAGUAUUGCUUGGCUAUGGCCGAUAAGCCUGUUGUUCUCAAUGAAUCUGGGCCUAAGGGGUUUUGA